AUGCAGGUCUCUCUGCCUCCACCCAGCGCUGCUGAGGCCCCGGAGCCGCGGCGCAGGGCGGCGGGAGCGGGCGGCCGUGGCGUGGGCGGCGGCGCGGGGCCGGCGGGCGGCCGGGCGGGGCUGAGGCAGGGCCGGGGCCGGGAAGCCGGGAAGCCGCCGCCGCCACCGCCGCCACCGCCGCCGCCUCGGCCGGGGAUCUCGGGCCCCGGGUCGGCUCGGCAGGGCCCCGCCCCGCCACGCCCCUGCGCGCCGAGCAGGCCGAGGCGGAGCGGCGCGCCCCCCGCGACGCCGGAGCCCGAGCCCGAGCCCGAGCGCAGCGGCAUCCAAGCGGGAACCGGAGCGGGAGCGGAGCCAGAGCGGGAACCUGAGCUGGAGCCGAAGCUGGAGCCGGCAGUGCGGCGCACGGAGCGGACCGAGGCAGCCAAGCCGAUAGCUCGAUACAACCGCACCAGCUACUUCUACCCGACGUUCUCAGAGAGCUCAGAGCACAGCCAUCUGCUCGUGUCUCCUGUGCUGGUGGCAAGCGCAGUCAUAGGUGUGGUCAUCAUCCUCUCCUGCAUCACCAUCAUCGUGGGCAGCAUCCGCAGGGACAGGCAAGCCCGGCUCCAGCGGCACCGCCACCGCCAUCGCCGCCACCACCACCACCACCAUCGCCGCCGCCGCCGCCGCCAUCGAGAGUACGAACACGGCUACGUGUCCGACGGGCACACGUAUAGCCGCUCGAGCCACAGAACACGCUACACCUGCAGCCCUGCCGAGGACUGGCCUCCACCCUUGGACCUCAGCUCUGAUGGGGACGUGGAUGCCACGGUGCUCCGAGAGCUGUACCCAGAUUCUCCACCAGGUUACGAGGAGUGUGUGGGGCCGGGGGCCACUCAGCUGUACGUCCCCACGGACGCCCCGCCCCCCUACUCGCUGACCGACUCCUGCCCCACGCUGGACCGCGCCCUGGAUGCGGGCAGUGGCCGCAGCCCCGGCCAACACCAGCAGGCACAGAGACCGCAGGGCCAGAGUGGCCUCCGCACCAUUUCCAUGGACACCCUGCCGAAAGUCUGGUCCUGA